AUGAUUCAUUCAUGGGAGAGGUUCCUGAUUUUUUUUCUGGUGGUAUUCACUGCUACUAAUCUGGUGUUUGCAGCUCUGAAGAUGUCGGCCAUCAGCUACAGCUAUGCCCAUCUUUUGCGAGCUCAAGAAGUGAUGAACAUCAACAUCAUAAUGGCGAUGGGAGAUUUCUUGAUUCUCUUUUAUUUUCGGCAAUGCCUCAAUGAGUUGAACAGAUUUCAGUCUGUUCCACGAUGGGUGUUGCUUCUUUUUGUUGGUGCGCUAUGCAUGUUCCUAUUGUGCCUGAUGUUCGGCGCCCACCUUGGCUUUUUUUCCUACUACGUACUGUGCGACACUGAGCCCUCAUGGCUGUCAGUGUUGUCGUUGACCGCUGUCGGUGGUUGGACAUAUCUCGUCGCCUUCCUCUGCUUCUUUUGUGUGGUAAACGUCACAACCCGUAUUUUGCUCUUCUGCACUAUCACCCGCAGCUGCUACCAGCGCCUGCUUACCAACCAUCCGUGUUUUCGAGCGGUUUUGGUCCAAGCUCACUGGCAAUUCGUAAUCUGUCUACUUUUGAUGAUCUUCUUUUCCGUACUGAGCCUUAUCGGUGCAUCGCGUAUCACUGUCAGGCUGACUGACAUCACACUGAGAAAGCUGCCUGAAGAAUUCGACGGACUGACCAUCGCUCUGCUCACCGACAUCCAUAUCGGCCCUACGGUCGGUCAGAGGGCGGUAAGCAAGGUCGUGAACAUCGUCAACGAACUUAACCCCGACAUUAUAACGAUAGUCGGCGAUUUGGUCGACGGACCGUUCGAAGAUCUGAAACAUGCUGCCACUCCUCUGUCUCAACUCAAGUCAAAACAUGGCAUAUUUUUUGCACUUGGUAAGUUGAAAGAUGGUCGGAACUUUUCUUUCAGCUAUAAUGAUGCAUUUAGGAAACCACGAACUUUAUUAUGGAAAGGUAAGGAAAGAUUUCAAAUUUAUGGGGAAACGAAAAUUGGUCUUUCUGCUACUUUGAGAUAGUC